AUGCCAGGCAAGAUCCGAACAGCUCUCAAGGUCGACCUCGACAAGCCUGCGAAGGACCAACCAUAUCUUCACAACAGAUGGCAUCCUGAUGUCCCUUUCUGUGGUACUAUUAAAGAUGGAGAGACUGUGAAGAUCGAAUGUCUGGACUGGACAGGCGGUCAGAUCAAGAACGAUGACAGUGCCGAGGACAUCCUCAACGUUGAUCUCACAAAGAUUCACUACCUGUCAGGUCCAUUCGAGAUUGAAGGUGCAGAGCCUGGUGACGUCUUGUUAGUCGAGAUUCAGGACGUGCAACCCUUUGAGGAUCACCCUUGGGGAUUCACUGGCAUUUUCAACAAGGACAAUGGUGGUGGGUUCUUGGACGAGAUUUACCCUGAAGCAGCGAAGGCCAUCUGGGACUUUGAAGGAAUCCAUUGCACCUCUCGCCAUAUUCCUGGUGUAAAGUUUGCUGGUCUGAUUCACCCUGGCAUCCUGGGUUGUGCGCCGUCGGCUGAGAUUCUGGCCGAGUGGAACAAGCGGGAACAGGAAUUGAUCUCGACCACAUCCCUGACACGAGUCGUGGCGGAACCUCCUCAGCCAAAGAACGUUCACGCUGGUUCAGCAUCAGAUGACAUCUCCGAAAAGGUCGGCAAGGAAGGCGCACGUACUAUCCCUGGUCGUCCUGAACACGGCGGGAAUUGCGAUAUUAAGAACCUCAGUCGAGGCAGCAAAGUCUACCUCCCAGUCCACGUCAAAGGUGCUAAAUUCAGUGUUGGGGAUUUGCAUUUCAGCCAGGGCGAUGGAGAAAUCAGUUUUUGCGGCGCGAUCGAGAUUGCCGGUGUUAUUACCAUUAACUUUAAGGUCAUCAAGGACGGCCAGGCACAGCUCGGUAUGGUCAAUGGCAAGUCGCCCAUUUACAUCCCAGGACCAGUAGAGCCGCAGUUCGGUCCUGGAAGGACACUCUACUUCGAGGGCUUCUCGGUCGACGAACAUGGUAAGCAGCACUACAUGGACGCAACGGUAGCAUAUCGUCAGACCUGCCUGAGAAUCAUCGAGUAUCUCAAGAGGUAUGGGUACAGCGAAUACCAGAUCUAUCUCCUGCUCAGUUGUGCACCUAUUCAAGGCCAUGUCGCUGGCAUAGUUGAUAUACCCAAUGCAUGCACAACGAUCGGGCUUCCGGUCGACAUCUUCGAUUUUGAUAUCAUGCCAGGAGCUCCUGUCAAGAAGCUGGAUCUUGGCUCUUGCCCAAUGGCAUACAAGAAGUAG